AUGGUUAACAAAUUAAAGACGUUUUAUUUAGAAAGUUUACUUUCAGAGAUAGUUGACCCAGCAUUUGGACAUAGACUAAUGAUAUCCGAUAUAAGAGAAACAAAUACCAACAUGAUUAAAACCUUGAAAAAAAAAUUAUUUAAAUAA